AUGUGCAUCGAUAAGUGGAGGAAUUUAUUGAAGGAGUUCAAGAAAGCUAAGCAGAAUCAAGAUAGUAAUGGAAAUGGUUAUGCGAAGAUGUCUUAUUACAAGGACAUUGAGGAGAUUUUGAGGGACAUGAGAAAGAUUGAAGCUAAUUACAAGAGUCACACGCUAAUGCUGCUGCUAUCGACGGUUCCUAAGUCGAAUCAUUUUUGCAUUUUACUGAAAAGAGCAAUCAUUCCUGAGAUAUUAUUCGAAGCCUCAAUGAAGAGGAAGCUCACUAUGGCUCACCACAAUCUCCCUCAAUUUAACCCCAGAUUCUUCCUCUCUGUUUCCCACAAAACUCCAUUCUCCACUCUCUCUCUCACCGUUCGUUCAUCGAAAUCGUUCCCAACAAGCUUUUCAAGUCCAAGAAAUCACGGCCUGUUUCCAGAUCCGAGACCGAUCCGUCUUCCAUCAGCUCCCAAACGACAUCGUCUUCCUCCCACGAAUCCCAAUCUGGCCUUAAGCGUUCGAAAUGAUAGACAUGGAAGGGACUGGGAAAGUAAAGAAAGAGGAGCUGAAAACUUUGUUGAGGGAGAUUGGACUUCUUUGCUUCCGAUCGUGAUGGGAAGAUAG